AUGGCUAUUAAGAUAGUUGUGGGAGGGCUUAUUUUAAACAUUAUUAGUGCUUACGCGCCUCAAAUGGGUUUGGACGAGGAGGUUAAAAGGAAUUUUUGGGAGGACCUGGAUGGGUUGGUGUGGGGAACUUCUCACACCGAGAAGCUUAUCAUAGGAGGAGAUUUCAAUGGCCACAUUGGGACGUCGUCUGGGGUUACGAUGGGGUGCAUAGUGUCUUUGGUUUUGGAGACAAACGUAGGAGGUGAUUCGCUGUUAGAGUGUUCUAAAUCCUUUGAUUUGGUGAUUGCUAACUCGUGUUUUCCAAAGAAGGAGGAGCACAUGGUUACCUUCCAGAGUACGCUGGCCAAAACCCAAAUUGAUUACAUCCUGCUUAGGAGGUGUGAUAGAGGUUUACGCAUGGAUUACGAGGCCAUCCUAAGUGAGAAUCUCACGACGCAACAUAGGCUAUUGGUUAUGAAUUUGGAGAUCAUGCAGACAAGGAAAAAGAGGGUAGUGUAUGGUCUACCUAGGAUCUGGUGUGGUGCCAUGACUAAGGACAAAGCUCAGGAGUUGGGGGAGAAGUUACUGGCAAUGGGGGGCUUGGAGGAGUAG